CUAGGACGAGACGCCAGCAUUUGCAUUUGCUUUUGUAUACUGGUGAGUCGCCUUGUAUACCGGUGAAUCGCAUUGUAUACAGGUGAGUCGCAUUGUAUACCGGUGGGUCGCAUUGUAUACCGCCAUCAUGGUCUUCACAUCGCCCUCGUGGGUGCCGGCGCUGCCGCACUCGCCGCCCGACUCGAUCCCCAUCUGUGACUUCAUGCUCGACGAGCACUUUGGGCGCCACCCGCUGGGCUACUCCAACGCGCCCUUCACGUGCGGGCUGACGGGCAAGACGUACUCGGCGCUCGAGGUGCGCGAGCGCGUCGACUUCCUGGCGCGCGGGCUGGCCAAGGAGCUCGGGUUCGCGCCCAAUGCGGGCUCCGAGUGGGAGAAGGUCAUCGCCGUCUUCAGCGUCAACACGCUCGACACGCUGCCGCUGGCCUGGGCGACGCAGCGCCUGGGCGGCGUCCAGAGCCCGGCCAAUGCUGCCUACAGCGUCGACGAGCUCACGUACCAGCUCAAGAACUCGGGCGCAAAGUGCCUGUUCACGUGCGUCCCGCUGCUGGCGACGGCGCGCGAGGCCUGCCAGAAGAGCGGUAUUCCCGAGAACCGCAUCUACAUCCUCGACGUGCCCACGGCGUUCACGGGCGGCAAGGGCGUGCCGAGCGGGAUGAAGACGGUGGAUGACUUUAUCCGCGAGGGGCGCAAGCUGGACCGGCUCGAGAGGCUGGACUGGAAGGAAGGCGACGGCGCGAAGAAGGCGGCGUUCCUGUGCUAUUCCAGCGGCACUUCGGGACUGCCCAAGGGCGUCAUGAUCUCGCACCGCAACGUCAUCGCCAACACAAUGCAAAUCUGCGCCUUUGACAAGCCGUACAGAGACACGAUCAUCAACGACCUGCGCAACCAGUCCGCCUACACCGAGAUCGGGCUCGGCCUGCUCCCCAUGUCGCACAUCUACGGGCUGGUCGUCAUCUGCCACGCCUCCAUGUACCGCGGCGACGGCGUCGUGGUGCUCCCCAAAUUCGAGUUCCGCAGCACGCUCCAAGCCAUCCAGGACUACAAGAUCAACACGCUCUACCUCGUCCCGCCCAUUAUCAUCCAGAUGACCAAGAACAAGCCGCUGCUCGACAAGUACGACCUCGGCUCCGUCUCGUCGCUGUUCACCGGCGCCGCGCCGCUGGGCAAGGAGACGGCAGAGGACCUGCAAGCCAUCUUUCCCUCGUGGAAGAUCCGGCAGGGCUACGGGCUGACCGAGACGUGCACAGUGGUGACGUCGACGGCGCUCGACGACGUAUGGUUCGGCUCGUCGGGCUCGAUCCUGCCGGACAUCGAGUGCAAGAUCAUCACCCCCGAGGGCAACGAGGUCACCGGGUACGACCAGCCGGGCGAGCUGCUGGUCAAGGGGCCCGCCGUGGUGCUGGGCUACCUCAACAACGACAAGGCCAACGCCGAGACGUUCCGGGACGGGUACAUGCACACGGGCGACGAGGCGGUUGUGCGCAAGGGCCCGAACGGACACGAGCAUGUGUUUAUUGUAGACCGCAUCAAGGAGCUCAUCAAGGUCAAGGGCCACCAAGUCGCCCCCGCCGAGCUCGAAGCACAUCUGCUCACGCAUCCAGCGGUGAACGACUGCGCUGUGAUCCAAGUCCCCGACGACGAGGCGGGCGAGGUGCCCAAGGCGUUUGUGGUCAAGUCGCCGUCGGUGGGCAUGGAGGAGAGCGACCGCGUGACGGCGCGCAAGAUCCAGAAGCACGUCGAGAAGACAAAGGCACGCUACAAGUGGAUCACAGGCGGCGUCGAGUUCAUCGACGAGAUCCCCAAGUCGCCGUCGGGCAAGAUUCUGCGCCGCUUCUUGCGCGACAAGGAGAAGGAGAAGCGCAGGCUGGCGGGUAGCAAGCUGUAGGAAUGCUGUAUGAAUUGAUUACUACGUUCACCUGUGCACAAUGCAGUCGUGGGCUGGGUAAGCGCCGUCGAUGUCGUGACUUUACGUCUUGUCAGCCCUGCGCUUACAAAUG